AUGACACGUAUCAAUCGCCUAUCAAAUACCACUCCCCAAUCAAACCAACCACUCACUCUCUCUCAUCCAAAACCCCCCUACACUCACCUUCACCCUUUCCCCUCUUCGUCAACCCAAUUCCCACCCUGCACCCCCUCCCCACCUAUUACCUCACGCCAAAGCAGCACUCGCAGCCCGCACACCCAUGCCGGACCACCCGCCCAUCAUCUAAAAACGGAAGAUCGCCCUUCCCAUCCUCGCUUACCCCUGCUCACUACCGACCCACAAUUGUCAACCCCCCGCCGCAGCGCCCAACCCAACCAACCCAAGCCCGCCGCCGCCGCUGCGCGCCCCAAUUCCUCGAUAAUCCGCCCGCGCGCAGCUAUGCGCGCAGAAAAAACGCCACGCCCGCAACCCACCUACCCCCCGGUUUCGAAACAUGAAGAAGCGCGUAGGAAGGAAAAAAGCAAAAAAGAAAGCACUCUGUAG